AUGAACGAAAGAGAAAUAUAUCUGUUAUCAUUAAAUAGGUACACUGCCAGAGUAAGGGUGAACAAUAUCAUUAGAAAGUGUAUCAUCAUAUUGAAGGGCACGAAUAAGUGCCCUAUGGCAUGCGUACAGAUUGCUCAAGAAACUGUUGGAAGAUGUGCUACGAUUGAUCCUGGACGAAGAGAUUUGCUAUUCUGUGUGCAUGAAAACUCUACUGCAAACAAUCCUAACAAGUUUCGCUUUACCAAACAAUACCAAGACAAGUUUGAAAAAAUUAAAAAAUACCUUAGAAUCCAUGAAGCUGUGAAACCCGCUAGAGUAGCAGCCGCUGAAAGGCUUUUGGUUAAUUAUGAUUCCUUGAAUAGAGAUGAAUUUGAACAGUAUCUUGAAAACAGGUCCAAUAUGACAGGCAUCAUCCAAAACCACUAUGUCAACUUCCGAACCAACCAUCGUACUGCUCAUCCCUUGCACAGAAAACUGCGGCUAUCUGUCUAUUUUAGAAGACAGCAAGGAAACAUGAACAGUUCGGUGUCGAAGCUGUUUAUGUCAUGGGCAACUGGUCUACUCCUAAUACAAGAUUUCAUGAGCCGAUCCGGGGCCUUUGAUUCCGUUGGUUGUUUCAAAAAGCUGGUAAAAAGGUGCACUGGAUUGAUGAAUUUAGAAAUAGUCAGUGCCGUCCAGUCUGUGAACGUAGAAGUCUUGAAAUGUUUCGGAUGGUCGAUAACCGGCGCCCUCAUAGAUGAGGAACAAAUCCUCGUGUAUUUAGAAGUGAUUACGUUUUUCCAAAGUGAUGUCGCACGAACAAAUUUAAGCUGUCGCACUUUUGACAAUUAA